GGAAGUGGCCGCACCUCGCCGCUUCCUCUCCGGGAAAGUCAAUUCCCACGGUUCUGCCCCGCGGCAAGCCGUAAACCACCGGAAGUCGGAGAGAAUGGAGGCAUUGCGGCCUCCCCAGACGGCGGGGAAGUUCGUGGUGGUCGGCGGUGGCAUCGCGGGCGUCACCUGCGCAGAGCAGUUGGCUAUUCACUUUCCAUCAGAAGAUAUUCUCCUGGUAACAGCUUCUCCUGUUAUUAAAGCAGUUACAAAUUUCAAGCAGGUUUCUAGAGUACUGGAAGAAUUUGAUGUUGAAGAACAACCAGAUACCAUGUUAGAAAGUCGCUUUCCCAACAUUAAGGUUGUAAGAUGUGGAGUAAAGCAACUGAAGAGUAAAGAACAUCUCAUUUUAACAGAAGAUGGCAGUCAGUAUGUAUAUAAGAAACUCUGUCUGUGUGCUGGAGCUAGACCAAAGUUGAUCUGUGAAGGAAAUCCUCAUGUCUUAGGAAUCCGUGAUACAGACAGUGCUCAGGAAUUUCAGAAAAAGCUUACUAGAGCUAGAAGAAUAAUGAUCAUAGGGAAUGGUGGUAUUGCCCUUGAACUAGUGUAUGAAAUUGAAGGCUGUGAAGUAAUUUGGGCUAUUAAAGAUAAAGCUAUUGGAAAUACUUUCUUCGAUGCAGGAGCCGCUGAAUUCUUGACUGCAAAGCUCAUUGCUGAAAAAACAGAGGCUAAAAUUGUACAUAAAAGAACCAAGUAUACAACAGAAGGAAGGAAGAAGGAAGCAGGAACCAAAGAUAAUGCUGGUAAAACAGGCAGUGCCUUGGGACCUGAUUGGCAUGAAGGCUUGAAUCUUAAAGGAACAAAACAGUUUUCUCAUAAGAUUCACAUUGAAACUAUGUGUGAAGUAAAGAAAAUCUACCAUCAGGAAGAAUUUAGAAUUUCUAAGAAAAAGUCCUUAACUUUUCCAAGAGACCAUCAUAAUCCAGCAGUCACAACUGAUAAAGAGGUAUGGCCUGUCUAUGUGGAAUUGACCAAUGGAAAGAUGUAUGGCUGCGAUUUCAUCGUCAGUGCUACAGGAGUUAUACCAAACAUAGAACCUUUCCUCUGUGGCAAUAAUUUUGCCCUAGGAGAAGAUGGUGGCCUGAAAGUGGAUGACCAUAUGCACACAUCCCUUUCUGAUAUCUACGCUGCAGGUGACAUCUGCACUGCAUCCUGGCAGCCCAGUCGUGUCUGGCAGCAGAUGAGGCUGUGGACCCAGGCUAGACAGAUGGGAUGGUAUGCAGCCAAGUGCAUGGCUGCAGCUAUUUUAGGAGACUCUCUUGACAUGGAUUUCAGCUUUGAACUUUUUGCUCAUGUAACAAAAUUUUUUAACUAUAAGGUUGUAUUACUGGGAAAAUACAACGCACAGGGCUUAGGUUCAGAUCAUGAAUUGAUGCUGAGAUGUACCAGAGGACAAGAAUACGUCAAAGUCGUCAUGCAGAAUGGGCGAAUGAUGGGAGCUGUCCUAAUUGGUGAAACUGAUUUAGAAGAAACAUUUGAAAACUUAAUUUUAAACCAGAUGGAUCUUUCAUCAUAUGGAGAAGAUCUACUAGAUCCAAACAUUGACAUAGAAGAUUAUUUUGACUAAAAAGGAAAUUUCAAAAACCACAUAAAGUAAAAUGACUAGUGAUUUAAUGACCAACUAAAGUUAAAAAUAAGUAAAACUCUAAAGAUGAAAUCAAAUUGUUUACAAUUAACCACUCUUCAGUUUUGUAUUAUUUUAAACUUAAGACACAUUCAUAUGUGAUUUAAAUUGGAAUAAAUUUAGCUAGUUUGUUCUCUACUUAGCCAUUAAUUUGGUCUGCUUAGUAUAUUAGAGCCAUUCAUUGAUUGUGAAAUGUCAGAACAGGGCUGAGGUUUCAGCCUAUAAAGAGCUUAUAUUUAAAUUUUACUUAAGUAGAGAUGUGGCAAUAUUAUGCUUGCUAAUAUUAUUUGUACUGAUAACUUAUUCCUUUCUUAUUUGGAUGUUAAAGCAAUUAUAACCUAAAACCACUCACUUUCUGUGAUGAGCUUAUGUAAAAUUUUCAGUAUAACACUGUUUUAUCAAAAGAAAGAACUAGAUAAAUCAAGGCAUAAAGAACUUAACAUGUGAACGUAAAAUUUUCUCCUUGAUUUAUACUGUAAAUUUAUAAUUCAUGAUCUCAAAAAUAAGUCUUCAAUACUUCAAAGUUCUGAAAAUACAGCUCCAUAUAUGUAAAAUAUUAAAAUUGUCUUAAAAAGUAAACUUUUAACUACCAAAAUAAUGGUAUAUACAUGCAAUAAACGGUUUUCUUGGAAAA